AAGGAGGAGAACGAUGUGCUCAGGAGGUCACUAGAGGCAGCUCAGAAAGCAUCUGAGCCGGCAAAGAUGGUGAAAAGACUGCAAAAAAUGCUCGAGAACAAAGACAAGGUAGUGAAUGAGGCCAUUUUGGAAACCACAAAGGUUGACAUCGGCAGUGGUGUGAUUGUCGAAAAGGUCAUUCUAGAGCGGUUGGAACGGGCUUGCCAGUGCAGCCCAGGCAAGUUUGCCCGCUCCCUCUUGCGUCACGUCUUCACUGAAGACGAGCUUCGGGGAAAGACUCUCUUUGGCACCAAGAGCAACCUACACAAGGACAGACCAGCUAAGGGAGCCCUUGAUCCAAUUCGUACCAAUGCUGUCAUAGGGUACACAUGCAGCAAGUUUUCCCAAGCAAGCAUCACAUACAUAAAAAAUAGCCUGGCGUCAAUGUUGGCACGAGAGAUGAGGUGAACGGAUGGCGCAAGGUACAGUGGCAGCAACUAGUCUCCGCUUAACUGUAACGUUACCCUAUGUUACUGUAACGUUCUCUGCUGCUAAUGUACACGCAUAGGUCGGUGUUUCUGUCCUCCAAAACUCCCGAUCAGAAUCAUCUGAUCAGGUG